CCCGCCUCCGAGGAACCCGCGCGCCGAAGGCCAGGCCUGGGCGGAGCGCAGAGUGCGGGGCGCUGGGGAGGCUGCGCCGCAGCACCCGGUUGGUCAGGACCAAGUGGGCCCGAGGCGGACGUGAGAAGGGUCGGGCCAAGAUGGCGGUGCAGGUGGUGCAGGCGGUGCAGGCGGUUCAUCUCGAGUCUGACGCUUUCCUCGUUUGUCUCAACCACGCUCUGAGCACAGAGAAGGAGGAAGUGAUGGGGCUGUGCAUAGGGGAGUUGAACGAUGAUCCAAGUAGGAGUGACUCCAAAUUUGCAUAUACUGGAACUGAAAUGCGCACAGUUGCUGAAAAGGUUGAUGCUGUCAGAAUUGUUCACAUUCAUUCUGUCAUCAUCUUACGACGUUCUGAUAAGAGGAAGGACCGAGUAGAAAUUUCUCCAGAGCAGCUGUCUGCAGCUUCAACAGAGGCAGAGAGGUUGGCUGAACUGACAGGCCGCCCCAUGAGAGUUGUGGGCUGGUAUCAUUCCCAUCCUCAUAUAACUGUUUGGCCUUCACAUGUCGAUGUUCGCACACAAGCCAUGUACCAGAUGAUGGAUCAAGGCUUUGUAGGACUUAUUUUUUCCUGUUUCAUAGAAGAUAAGAACACGAAGACUGGCCGGGUACUCUACACUUGCUUCCAAUCCAUACAGGCCCAAAAGAGUUCAGAGUAUGAGAGAAUCGAAAUCCCAAUCCAUAUUGUACCUCAUGUUACUAUCGGGAAAGUGUGCCUUGAAUCAGCAGUAGAGCUGCCCAAGAUCCUGUGCCAGGAGGAGCAGGAUGCGUAUAGGAGGAUCCACAGCCUUACACAUCUGGACUCAGUAACCAAGAUCCAUAAUGGCUCGGUGUUUACCAAGAAUCUGUGCAGUCAGAUGUCGGCAGUUAGCGGGCCUCUCCUACAGUGGCUGGAGGACAGACUGGAGCAAAACCAACAGCAUUUGCAGGAAUUGCAACAAGAAAAGGAAGAGCUUAUGCAAGAACUUUCUUCUCUAGAAUAAAUCAGGAGACAAAAUGGGACACAAAAGAAGAAACUUUCCUGCAGCUCCAGCUGACCCUGCAGGCUGGCCUCUUCCACUCUGACCUGUGCUCCCUAAGCUCCCUGCGAAGGAGAUAAAAUGAGCUCCUGGUCUGCAACAGCUAUUGGUUAUUGUAAUGUCUGCUUUUGUUUAAAAGGAAAAAAGACUCAACUCCUUGUACAGUUUGAAUUGUAUCUAUUUGGGGAUCUCUGAGUUUCCUGUAUCUGGAUGUCUAAAUCUGUUACUAGACUUAGGAAGUUUUCAGCAAGAUGACUGGAUGGUCAUGUUUCAGCCUCUGUGAGACAAACGUUACAGCAGCAGAUGGCACAAGACCCAGGAGCCUGAGGAUGAACUUCCCUGGAAUCCACACACUCAUCAGAUCUGUGCUGCCCAGGCAGCAGGCACUAUUGAAAGAUGGCAUGGACUCAAAGGAAAAACUGAAAGGACAGUUGGAUGGCCAAGGCUCAGCCUCCAGUGUAACACACACGUAUGACAGUCAGUUUGGGCUAUAAAUGUGACAGAAGGAUACCUAUCAAAAUGUAAUAUUUAAUUAUGAAGUGGGGAAGGAGGAAGAAGCUUAGAUGGCUGUAAGAGACCAAACGAAACAAGUGUAAUUAGCACUGCAUAAUUAAUCCUCACUCUACCUUUGUUCCUUCCUGCCUACUUCUAGGACCAUGGGCCACUGGGAUUUGGGGUAGCAAAAAGGAGCCAAGGGUUAGUGAUUCUAACCUGGUACUCCUUUUACCACCUGAGUAUGCUUGCUGGAUUUGGAUAGUUACAGACAUUGACGAUAAUGAUCCUGAGAUGAUGGUGCUCCAUGCAUCAGAGAUUAGAGAUGUUACAGGUAGAAGGGAUACAAAGAAAGAAGUGCUGGGCCAUCAGGGACAAGUUGAUAUGGUUUGCAUGUGUGUCCCCUCCAAAUCUCAUGUUGAAAUGUGAUCUCCAGUGUUGAAGGCGGGCCUAGUGACAAGCAUUUGGGUCAUCAGGGCAGAUCCCUCAUGGAUACCGUGGUGCUGUCCUCACGAUGCUGAGUGAGUUCUUGCUCUGAGUUCAUGUGAGAUCUGGUUGUUUAAAAGAGUAGCACAUCCUUGCCGCUUUGCUCCCACUCAUGAUGUAAUACAUCAGUUCCCUCUUUGCCUUCCACCAUGAUUGUAAGCCUCCUGAGGCCUUCAUCAGAUGCAGAUGCUGAUGCCAUGUUUCCUGUACAACCUGCAGAACUGUGAGCCAUUUAAACCUCUUUAUAAAUUAUCCACCCUCAGGUAUUCCUUUGUAGCAAUGCAAAAAUGGACUAAUACACAAUUUAGGAGCAAGGUGUAGGUAAGACAAGGAGAGGACUGGAAAAGGGUGAAGUGACUGCUGCAAGGACUGAUAACAUCAAUCACAUGGCUGUGAAAGGAGGGCAACAGUCUUGACGGGUGGAGAGAGCACACUUUAAACUCUGUGAAGGCAGAGGUGGAGGGAGGGGCCAACAUCUCAGCUACUUGCCUGCAGAGCCUCUGGACAAUUUACCCCAGAUUGCCAUCACCACUUUCAACUCAAUGGCUGGCCAACAAAUCUUAAUCUAAGGACUCUCAGAAACUUCCCAGGAACUGCUGACUCAAGUAGCCUCAAUUCAAAAUGAUAGAAUGAGAUUAACUUUCUGGAAACUGACAAAACUCUUUUGUACAAGAGCUUAAUAGAAUUGGACCCUGAUCCCAACUCAGCACAAUGGCACUGCUGAGGUCACUACAACUUCUUAUGUGAAUAAGAAGCUACCUGUACUAGUGUGCCACACACAAACUGGUCUGUUAUCUCUAAUGUACAUGGUAAUGGGACAAUAACACAUUACCCAGGACUUCCUGCUGGUCAGUCAAGGCAGGAUAUGUGCAACUGUCAGCAUCCCUUACUGCACCUGGGUUAAUGAAAUAUUUAACUGGCUUGACUCCAGUUGGGGAGCCUAGCUUCAGUGUAUCCUCCAAGUGGGCCUAAUUAGAGAAGCAUUCUUGUAUAUGUUGCCCAAAAUAAUCAGAAUUUGGUUAAGGCUUCUAUAAGCACGAUUAAUUAGAGUACAUUUGAUGGGGUGGCCUAUGCUCCUGAGAAUUCUUAACUAGCUAUUUGAAAAGUAAGGGAUGGAGUUGUAGAGAGUGGAUCUGCCAUGGUGCCCUUGUGACCUGGCAUGCAUAUAUCUAUGCAAGCUAGGCUUGAAUUGCAAGUUAUCUGAGUCUUGGCAGGAUGUAUUGUGAUCCUCCCAGAACACAAGAGGAUGGGAGGGUGAUGAGGUGCUGUUUCAAGGCUAUCUCUAACCACCUAAACUCUCCUGGGAGGCCAUCACUGAGACAGACAAUUUCUCAUCUCCUGAGUACUGUUGAGGUCUGAGGCUAUCUGCCCUGCCCCAUUCAGGGUAUAGCUACAGAAUAUAAAACUGCUAGCUGCAGUCUAAAAGGGGCUCCUCAGCAAUGGGGUGUCCCAUAACUGGUGCAGCAACUUUCAGAAGUUGUCCUGUUUGGUGCAGGGAACAAGGAUAUAGGGAGCUGGCACCUUUGGCCCAUCUUCCUCUUGCUGUCUAUGUAGGUAACAAACUUAAUCUUAAAAGGACAUGUCAUUACUUUAGAAGCCAAAUCAAUCACUCUUGGGCUUGGCCUUUUUUUGACAAUGUAGUAGUUAUGUACAAGAGUGUCUUUGUUUUUGAGACUUGAACACUGGAGUGUUUAGGAGUGAUGGAACAUGUCUGCAACUUGGUCUCAAAUGGUUAAGAAAAAGCCAUAUGAUAAUGGUGGUACACACACACUGCAGAAAUGUGAAGUGUUAUCAAUUGAACAAUCUGGAUGAAGUGAACAUGGGAGUUCUUUGUACUAUUCCUCCAACUUUUUGGUAAGUUCACAACAAGUUACUUUUUAAAAUCUACAUAUAAUGUACAAUGUCUGAAAGGCUACAUGAGAAAAUGCUAACUAGCUCAUUACCUCUGGUGACUGAGCUUAAGGCCAGGAGGGAGUCUUAUUUUUCACUUUGAACUCUUCUGUAAAUUGUUUUUUGAAUUUCUACAAUGACUUGAUUACUUUCUUAAUAUAAAAUUAAAAUGUCCAAUUUUUAAAAUCACAAAAUAUAAUAAAGGAAACUUGAAAAAUGUGAA